AAAAGACAAGCAUAUCAAAUUUAAAAUCUUAUUAGUGAAAAGGCAUUUGUCUUGACUUCAACUUUGACUCCAACGAAAUAUGUAUCACAAUUUUGGAUUCAUUACCCAUGAAAAAUCAUCAAAAAAAGGAGAAGUCUAAAAAUGGCUACCCUUUAGGUAGGGGGACACGUGGCAACAACCCAACAACGCAAUUGACACUCCUAUUUGAACUCAACUCUCUCUCCACACUUCCAUAUUUCCUCUCUUCAUUUUCUCUUUUUCUACACUCUGCUCAAGGUUAUCGUGCCUCUGCCUCUCCCUCUCCCUCUACCCUCGGCUUCCCCCUGCCCCUCUGUAGGACAGUCUCAGCCCAGGUCGUAAAUGGCGGAGAUACAUCCAUCAGAGGGCCAGGUAAACGGUGCUGGAGGACCCCUGGUGGUGGGUUCAUUGGAGACCGUCGGAUCGAAGCGCCAAAGGCGGCCUAGCGUUCGAUUAGGUGACAUUGGUGGCGACCAGUCCUAUGAUACCCAUGUGCGGAGAGUGUCUGGCGCCUCCGCCAAGCAGUGGAAGCACCAAGCUGACCAUUCUUUGAAUCCCUCAGCCGGAGCGAAAUCUUCAAAGACUCGCGUUUUAACCAAUCUGAGCUCUGACUACAACAAUGAAACCCUCGGUGAGGACAAAGAAGGUAACAUCAAAAGCAACAGUAAUUUAGAUUGCGUUGCAAUAGGUAGCUGGAGAGUCAAGGAUACUAAAAAGUGGGGUUCCUCUGUUACGAAAAGGGUUCGAUCCAAUUGGGUGUCUAAAGUUGACGAUAGUGGCGGUGGCGGUGGCCGAAACGGGAGUAAUAAUAGCAACAACAUGGAAGUGGAGGAUAAGUACAGUAGCGGUGAGGAUGUUGAUGAUUUUGAUAAGGAUAAUUCUGAAAGUCCCUUGAAAGAACAAAGUCCAAUCCAUUCAUUAGCCCAUUUGGCUAUGGAUGGUAAUGAAAGAGAGGUGCUUUAUCAUGGGAACAAUAGCCAGAGGUCAACUCGGGCAAGGGUUUUGGAAAACAGGGAUCAUCAUGAUGGUAUGGAGCUAUCUGGGCCAUCUGAUACUGACAUGAGGAGGUGUGGAGAGGAUGGGGUGAGAAUAUGGUUGAAUGGUUUAGGGUUGGGGAGGUAUGCGCCAGUUUUUGAGAUUCAUGAGGUGGAUGAUGAGGUAUUGCCAUUGUUGACCUUGGAGGAUUUGAAGGAUAUGGGAAUUAAUGCUGUUGGUUCCAGGAGGAAGAUGUUUUGUGCGAUUCAAAAGCUGAGCAGCGGCUUCUCAUGAGUCGUGAGCUUCUUUCUUUUUUCAACUUGUAGGUUUUUGAAGGAGAAAAUUUUUCAGCCAUGACAAUGUAAGAUUCAUGUCUGAACUAUUUUGAGCCUCUUCAAUAUUUGCUUAUAAUUUUCUCUUUUGGAGUAGAAGAAAGUAGGAAUGGUUCUGGAAUGAGUAGGAUCUUUAAUGCAAUUUUUGGUGCAUAAUCCAAUGGCUAUUCGACCAGUUAGUGCUAACAAUCUCUGAUAACUUAAAUGAAUAAAUGAUGGAAUUUUUAAAGUAAACUUCUUGACAAAAGAAAAAUAUUUCAAGCAUAUUCCUAAAUUUUCCUCACUUUCAAUUGUGAAAUGGAAGCAACUCAUAUGGUGGUAAUCUUAGCAUAAAAAUGUGGAAGAUUAAAUUCAAGCCAUCAAACCAUCACUUGAAGAGUGUCUCUUUAUUCUGAACUUAUAUUUUAUGUUUAGAAGGUAUCUUGAUUAUAUUCUAUUUUGAUUUUCUUUGCCUUAACAAUGAAUCUUUGAGAUUAUAUGUAUCCAGCUUAGGCAAUCGAAAUAUUUUGCAAGAUCAUAGCUACCCUACUUCCUUAUCCUUGGAAAUUGUGCUUGAGGUCACUUAUGAUCUAAGUUUUCUUGUCUAUAAAUAGAAUGCUAAGUAAUGUUUAGUAGGCUUUGUUUAUUAUAACCAUCUAAAUCUUUUAUGGCUUGCUGCUCCCAGAUGACAGUCACUCUUAACUUCAAAUACCUAAUUGUAUGGUUGAACUGUUUUAUGUUUGGGAAGAGCGAGUGAAUGGUUUGAAGUUUUUUCUGUGCUGGAUCUGUUACUGUCAUGAGUCUUUUUUGUUAGAUGAGCCUCAUUCUAUCGUUGUUAGUGUCAUUGACAGCCCAUUUAGGUUGGUUAAGAGCUGCAAUUAUGUUUGGAUUAUCAUGAAUGAAAUUUUAUUGGAACU